UGCAAGGUAUGUGUGUGCUCAGAGCAUGAGAAGCUUAAGUUGGAGUUGAAGAAACUUCAGAAGAUGAAGGAGUUCAAACCUAACAUGUCUGAUCGAUCUCUGGGACAGAAACUUGCAAGCCAUCUGAACGUGAGGCCAAGCAUCUCCAAAUAUGUUAAGUCUCUCCGUGAGGGUUUUGAUUAUCCCAACGAUAACACUCGCCACCUGCGCCUUCGUCGCUUUGAAUGGGGAGAUAAUCAUCCAAAGUUUCCUUUUGGUUCCGUGGUCAAGCUUUAUGCUAAGUUGGGGCUUCAUCGUUACAAUUUGUUGGAGGGGAAAAACUUGCAGCUGGAUAGCCUAAAGAGUUUCACCGUGAGCAUAACUGGCGGUCCUUCCUCUUACUACGUCAGUCUGGUUGCACGUGUUCCAGAUGGCGGUUUGCAGCAAGCCUUUCAAGUUCUUGUUCAGGAAAGGAGUCUUGGCUUUCUAGACUUGGGGUGCCCUAUCGCUAGACCUCUAGUGACCGAGCCUUUCCUACGUCCUCAUAAGGCUCAACCACCAGAUGGUUUGUUUUUCAGUGAUGAAUUGCCUGAUUGGCCGUCAGAGAUUGCUUUCAAUGAUAGAAAACGGUUUCACCUGGUGAAAGAAUCUGAGUUGAGAGACAAUGACUGGAUUCGCCUCUAUUUGGAACUUGCACUUGUUUUUCACGACAGGACUCUUACAGAGCGCUAUCUCUCCCAGUUGGAGAUUGUGCAAGUGUGGAUUGAAACUACUCAAGAUGUGGAGCAGCCUAACUCCAAAAAGACUACAAUUUUCUACAUAACAUAUAAAGACUUGGCCAAGGCUCGGCUUGGUGAGCCGGUUGAUCGCAGAGCUAUUGUUAGAAGAAUCAUCAAUGAAGCUACAGCAAACUUCCGUCUCCGGGGUCGCUAUUGGUUUGCAGAAAAAGCUCCGGACACUGAGAAGGAUUAUGUGCUCCUCCCUGUUGGAGAAAAAGCUCUGGACAAGAAGCAGCGUUCUAAAAGGCUUAAGCGUUGUUUAGGUGUUCUUAGACUUUGGCGAUUAUCUAAUCCUAGGUGCCACCAGGUAUACAAGACCCGUCGCCUGCGUGCUUAAUUUUCUAAUCUAUUGAGCUCGGCUGCUAAAUUAAGCAAUGUGGUCCCACGUUAUCAGCUGCUUAACUACCCUUAUUAUUAAUGGUCUUCUAAGUUAUUUAAUUUGUGCUUUUGGACUUUUAAGUUGAUCUGUAUUUUUGUGUUUUUUUUUGUAAUUUAUAAGUAGUGUCGACUGUCACAAACAAUUAAGCUAAGUUAACGUAAUAGGGGAAUGAUGAUAACUGAUAAGACAUUCUUCUUGAUUAAAUAGAAAGAUUACAAGAAA